GCGACGUAUGUACGUAACGGCAAGAACCUCAAACUUGCAUUGACAUUGUCGAAUAGCGUAGAUCUUUGCUUAUCGUACGUUUCGCACUUAUAACACGAGACAACUUUUUUUCUCCUAUUAUAUACGACGUGAUUCUACUCUCUCUUCUGCUCUUAUUCCAUUUUUGUUUUUUCCAGCAUCGCGUUAUUUCUUUGUAUCAUACAAUAGACAUAGACUGUCUCCAGUAAUUGAAUACAAUAUCCCGAACUCAUACGACCUUGCAGUUUAUAUCACUUAACCAGAUAGAACCUCGACAUGGCCACCCUCCAGAAUUCCAUCAAUGGUGUAGACUCGUCCGUCGCCAUCAUAAUACCCUCCAAAUCGAAGCCAUUGGCGGUAACAUACAAAGACCUCAUAGCCGAAUGCUCUUCUUUCCAACGCAAGCUCGCCGCUAUCGGAAUCACCAAUCGUUCUCCGGUAUCGAUAGCGACAGUGAACUCAUACGAGUUCAUCGUCUCGUUUCUUGCCACCUCAUGGCAGCGUGGUAUCGCCGCUCCUUUAAACCCGGCCUAUAAGCAGGCCGAGUUCGAGUUCUACAUCGAAGACAUUAAGUCCGCCAUCGUGCUGGUACCCAAGGGCGCAUACGAAGCCAAUGCGCCCUCUGUCAAGGCUGCGCGCAAGUUCAAUGCUGCAAUCGCCGAGUGCUACUGGGACAAUGCGAAGAAUGAGGUAGCUUUAGAUGUUAAAGAUUUCGGCCAGUUAAAGGGGAAGGCCAAAGAGAACGUGCUACAGCCACAGACAGAUGAUGUCGCAUUAGUCUUACAUACAAGUGGCACGACGUCGAGGCCCAAAGUUGUUCCCUUGACGCAUCGCAACUUGACACGAACAAUGAAGAAUAUUCAGUCGACGUAUCAGCUUACUGCGCAAGAUCGGACAAUGCUGGUUAUGCCGCUAUUCCAUGUUCACGGCCUUCUCUGCGCUCUUCUAGCUCCUCUAUACUCUGGUGGUUCCAUGAUUGUGCCAACUAAAUUCUCGGCUUCGGACUUCUGGCAAGAUUUCGUUACCCACGGGGCGAACUGGUAUACUGCCGUACCGACGAUACAUCAGAUCCUCCUCAAGAACCCUGCCCCAAGUCCUUUACCUAAGAUUCGCUUCAUCCGGUCUUGCUCCUCACCCCUAUCUCCGACAGUGUUUCAUCAGCUGGAGGAGAAGUUUAAGGCGCCUGUUCUGGAAGCGUAUGCCAUGACAGAAGCUGCACAUCAAAUGACAUCUAACCCCCUACCCCCGGCGAAGCGAAAGCCUGGUACAGUUGGGCUAGGUCAGGGUGUAGAAGUUAAAAUUCUCAACGACGCUGGCGAUGAGGUACCUCAAGGCACCGAGGGCGAGAUCUGCAUCCGGGGCGAGAACGUGACCAAAGGCUAUCUGAAUAAUCCAACCGCUAACGCGACGGCAUUCGCUAAAGGCGGCUUCUUCCGUACCGGCGACCAAGGCAAGAAGGACGAGGACGGCUACAUCAUCAUCACUGGCCGUAUCAAGGAGCUUAUCAACAAAGGCGGUGAAAAGAUUAGCCCGAUUGAGUUGGAUAAUGUGCUAACGAGACACCCAUCUGUCUCGGAGGCCGUAAGCUUUGCCAUCCCUGAUGAGCUGUACGGCCAGGAUAUCGGCGUUGCAAUUGUACUCAAGAGCGGGGCCAAGCUUGAAGAGGACGAAUUGAGAGCCUGGGUUAACGAGAGGUUGGCCAAGUUCAAGGUGCCCAAGAAGAUCUACUUUACCGAGGUCAUGCCUAAGACAGCAACAGGGAAGAUCCAGAGACGCAUCGUGGCUGAGACAAUGCAGAAGCAGGAAUCUCCCAAGGCGAAGCUAUAAUCUCAGCGAUAGAAUGGCGCUUGUUUUUAUUCUCGCUGCGUAACACAAGACUAAAGGGGGGGUACGUAGAUACCGUAGGUAUGUAUAUGGCGAUAGAAGGCAAAGGAACGUAAUUUGUAAAGAUAAAAAAUCGCGAAGAUGCAAUGUAGAUCAAUACCAAGUAAACGCUAUAUUUAUGUAGAGACG